CUCUCUUGUGGCCUUAACGCAAAAGCUUCAGCUAGGUCAUUCAAUGGCGCACCGGUUGCUCAGAAACGUGGAGGCCGACGGUUGGGAACGAUCGGACUUCCCCAUAAUCUGCGAGUCGUGCCUCGGCGACAACCCCUACGUCCGCAUGACCAAAGCCGACUACGACAAAGAGUGCAAGAUCUGCACCCGCCCCUUCACCGUGUUCCGGUGGCGCCCCGGCCGCGACGCCCGCUACAAGAAGUCGGAGAUUUGCCAGACCUGCAGUAAGCUCAAGAACGUCUGCCAAGUCUGCCUCCUCGAUCUCGACUACGGCCUCCCCGUCCAGGUCCGCGACACCGCCCUCGCCAUCGGCUCCGACGACGCCAUCCCCAAGAGCGACGUCAACCGCGAAUUCUUCGCCGAAGAACACGACCGCAAGGCGAGGGCCGGGAUUGAUUACGAGUCGUCGUACGGGAAGGCGAGGCCCAACGACACGAUUCUGAAGCUGCAGAGAACGACGCCGUAUUACAAGAGGAACAGGGCGCAUGUGUGCAGCUUCUACAUUAGGGGCGAGUGCACUCGAGGUGCUGAGUGCCCUUACCGGCACGAGAUGCCUGUAACUGGAGAGUUGUCCCAGCAGAACAUCAAGGAUCGUUACUAUGGAGUCAAUGAUCCUGUAGCAAUGAAGCUACUUAACAAGGCUGGAGAGAUGCCCUCCCUGGAACCUCCGGAUGAUGAAAGCAUUAGGACCUUGUAUGUUGGUGGCGUUGAUGCGAGAGUCUCUGAGCAGGAUUUGAGGGAUCAGUUUUAUGCUCACGGCGAAAUAGAGUCCGUUAGGAUGGUGGUCCAACGAGCAUGCGCUUUUGUAACGUACACGACACGAGAAGCUGCAGAAAAGGCUGCGGAAGAACUCUCCAAUAGGCUGGUCGUGAAGGGUUUGAGGUUGAAGUUAAUGUGGGGUAGGCCGCAAGCACCGAAACAGGACUUGGAGGGCACAGAUGAGGCUAGGCAACAGGCCGCUGCUCAUAGUGGCUUGUUGCCUCGAGCAGUCGUAUCACAACAGCAGAGCCAAUCUGCAAUACCGGGGCAGCACUACAACAUGCCACAUCCACCUUUGCAUGAAAGAACAUAUUAUCCAUCCAUGGAUCCUCAAAGAAUGGGUGCAGUUGUUCGAUCGCAAGAUGGAGCUCCGGGUGGUCCCAGAGGGUCGGGUGAGAGCAGUUCUGGUUCUGAGAGGCAGCAUUAUGCUUUUCAAAGUAUGGCUCCUCCACAUGGUCAAUAUAAUCAGCAGUUUUAUCCUCCUCCUCAACCAUACAGUGGUUAUAUGCCUCCACCACCUUAUCAGCAGUACCCUCCGCAAUAUCAUGCUACAGUGCCACCACCAUCAUCCUUGCCAAUGAAUCAACAUUACCAGCAUUCUGCAACACCGGGAACUGCUGCCUCAGGUUCUGCUUCGUCUGUACCUGCACAACCAAAUUCUGGACCUUCCGAGUCCACACCAUCUGGUUCUGGGGCUGUGCCUGCCCCAACAGAGUCCUCACAGCAGUGAUAGUACCGUUGUAUUUGUGCUUUAAUAUCUCUGUAAUCACAGUUAUGUGGAGAAUAACUCGCCUUGUAUUCUGGAAUCAUUUUUGUACGAUUCAUUAGGGAAGUAAUCUUCUUUCUUUUUCUUUGAACCUUCUUCCAA